AUGACAGUCAACCAACUGUUGUUGAGUCUGGAAAGAUUCACCAUCACCAUCCUUUAUAACACAAUAUGCCAAGAAAAGGCUGAAGUCUUGGUCCUCAGAGCCCACCUAGAAGACUGGAAGUCUGUGAAAGGUAAAGAAAGAUUAAGGGUGCUGCUUGCCAUCUACAAUGAAGUGUCCCUCCAAGCUCCCACCAAGGAAAAGGCCCUGUUGAAAGCUCAGCGAAAGAUUUAUAAGCAGUGGUUGCAGAACCAGUCUCGCUGGAGAGGAGCUGCAAAGCCCCUUAUCAAGUAUGGCCAUCAUUGGAUGGAGACUGGAGAGAUGGCUGGAAGUGAGGGGAUGAUUACCAAGUGGCCGAAGGCAGCAAAGACAGUCAUGAAUUGUUUGUCGGUGGAGGAGAGAGCAGAAGCAGAGGCCACACCGGAGAGAUGGAACAAUGAAGCGGCACCACUGGAUAUUCAGGCUGAGGUCGCUGAGAGCAAGGGCGCCAACAUGAUCGAGCAUUUCACGACUGAAAUGUUCAAGAAAGCCGGCAUGAGGGUCUGCAUCCUGUCAGCUUGGAAGGACAGCCAAGACAAGCUUAUGUUGGGAGGGUGA